GAGUAUACAGGGAUAGGUUGAGAGCACGAAUGAAUAGAAUACCAUGUCGGGCCUAACGCCCAUUCGAGUCCGCGGCCGCAGAAAGAGAGUCAAGCUCAGCCAUGGUGACCAGAACCAAGAUGCCAAACCAGUCCGGGGCAAUCGACGGGGUAAACAACUCCUCCCACUUGAUGCUUCUCAGCGCUCUCUUUACGCUCGACGGAAACGACCAUUUAUAAGUGGUAGCAACUGGUUAUCCUCACAACCUCAACCUCAAUCCCAGCUAGACUCUCUCUCACAACUCCAAUACCAAUACCAAUACCAAUACCACUCCCACUCCGAUUCGCAACCCCAACCAAAGAAGAAGAAACGAAAGAAUCUCUCCCGCCUAGAACUAUUACCAGUCGAACUACUCGAGAGAAUUUUCCUGUACGCGCUGAAUGUCAAUUUCGCCAGAUCUUCGCCCUCGCUUGCGGCUGCUGUUUCUAGUGAGCGGGUUUAUCGCGUUUUGAUUCUUUUGGCUUUUUGGAGGGAUCCUCACCGUUCCCCAGAGGAUGCAGAUUGGGAUGGGAAUGGGAAUGGUGGGAGUGCAGGCGUUGCGAGGAUUCUACGACCGCUCGAUUAUGUGCCUAUAGGCGAAGACGAACGGCGGAUCUUGCAGAGUACUGUUUUCAGGUGUACAUGGUGUACCGUGCACAGGGUGCUGAAAUAUCUCCCUGGUUUGAUGGCUCUCAGCGUUCAACGACUCUGGCUUGAUGCGGGUAUUACCAUGGACAACUAUCAACAAGACUCCCUCAACCGGUAUCUCGAGUCAUCUACAGAGAAUAAUAGUGGUGGUGCCAUCCGCACAUUCCAAGGAACAAAAAACAACAAACACUACACCCUAACUCUCACACCCAACAUCUCAAUCCGAAUCACCAGUCCAGAAACAAACAACGACACGACAACACCCCUCCUUAAUCUCCGCGAAUUCCCACCGCAUCUCCUCCGCGGCAGCGCCCACGGUUUCAAUACCAAGGACGUCGCAUUCCUCGAACUCCUCCGCGUAUCCAGCGGGUUUAACCGCACGGAUCACUCAUCUAUGCGUGCGGCGAGGGAUAUCUCUCUAAAUAGAGAUGCGCUGCAAGAAGGUGUUCAUAAAGCUAUUAUCGAGCGGGAUCAUGAUGUCCUGGUUACUCUUCUUAAGAUUGAUGAGUAUUAUUUCCGCGCCACCUCCUCCAAUGGGGAAAUGUAUACGCUACCAGCAGAACACUACCGCACAUGCCUCCCCAAUCCCACCACAUUCAAGCUCCUCCUCCGCGCAAGCGCCGAAUCAGUACCCCCAGAUGACUCGUACAUAACAGCGUGGGCGAUGGAGCUGGGUGAUGCGUUUGGGGGCUGGUUGCUUGAUCUUAUGCUUCGGAUGCCGGAGAUGAGGGAUGGUGUUAGGGGGAGGCCGGAUGCUGGGGUAUUUUGGAUGGGGAGGUGUAAUGCGGAGAGUGAGAUGGGAGGACGGUAUUUGAGGGAUGUGUUGGGGGUGCAGGGAUUGGAGGGUUGGAUGGCCGAGGGGGUUGAUUUUGUGAGGAUGGCUGCGUCUUGA